AUGGACCUCUUCCGGGGGGAGCGCGUGGAGGCGGAGCUGAACGCGGACGUGAGUUACGCGUGCGCCUUGAAUGAUAGGCUGUACUUUGGGACGUCGGACGGGCGGGUGUUGAAAUGGCGCAUUGGGAGGGAGGCCAGUGGGGACCCAAAUGGGGAUCCUCAUGGGGAGCCAUAUGGACACCCAAAUGGACAUCCAUAUGAACUUCCAUAUGGACUUCCAAAUGGGGAGCCACAUGGAGACCUCCGAGGGAGGACCCCCCCCAAGGUGAGGGCCCACAUGGAGGAAACCCACACAGUGAAGAAGAACCAAAAAGUGGAGAAAAUCAUCCUCGUGGAAAAGGAGGGCCUGAUGAUCAUCCAGAUAAACGACGGAAUUUAUUUCGCCAAAGACUUUCAUUUGCAAAAUUUAACUCUCCUUUGCAAGGACGCCAAUCUGUGCGCCCUGAAUGAGAAGAGCAAAAGCGAUUUAGUAGUAUACAGCAUGAAGAAAAAAAAAAUUUUAUUUUUCCAAAUGGAGAGUGGGAAAUAUAAAGUUGCAAAAGAAUUGGCCUUCAACGAAUUUAUAAGCUCCUUCCUCUGGGUGAGUGACUCCCUUUUCCUUACCGUCCAAAAGAGCUACUACCUCCUCCGCUUAAAAAAAAAUGAACAGAAGAUUUUGCUCUACAGCCAUGAGUAUGAACAGUCAUACAAACACAUAACUUUAAUUAACGUAAAUGAAAUUUUUAUAGUUUGCGAUUUGAACAUUGGCGUUUUCUACGAUGUGGAAACGUCCAUGCCGUCUAGGAAGAACACCAUCACGUUGGUCGAUAACGUGAGGCAUCUACUCUCCUUUCGUUUCUUCCUCUGCUCGCUUAACUCCAAGGGGGUUAUAAAUUUUUAUAAUGUUAACAAUCAGCAGCAUGUGCAGACCCUCUGCAUGGAGGAGUACGUGCACCACGUCGUCAGCUACAGCGAUGUGGGCAGCUCGCUCCUCUGUCCCAUGCUGCUUCUGGAGCAGGAGGGGCAUGACGGGUAUGACUCGUAUGACGCGUAUGAGGGGUAUAACGCCUAUGCGGGGGAGGCGAUCCUGGAGGGGGGCUCUUCCCCUGGAGAGGCCCCCGGCGACCGCGCACGGUAUGAGCUGGACCUGGAUGCCACGCUGGCCAGUGCGCACGGUGCUUACCCCCACCAGCAGAAUCAGCAGCAUCAGCAGUAUCGGCAGCAUCGGCAGUAUCGUGCCCGCCCCCUCCGGGAUUCUUCCCCCCCGGGGGAUGACCCCCCAGCGGACGCCCCCCAACUGACCAGCCAAUCGGGAGACCCCAACGCGGCGAACAACUACAUCUACUUCUUCAGCCAGAGCUCCAUCCAGGUGGUGAGGUGCCAGGAGCUGUUUGAGUACCUCCCCAAGUGCAUCCUGCAGAACAAAAUAGACCGAGGGUUCCUGCUCAUAGACAAUUACAUUUUCGAGAGUAAUGUGGAAAGGGUCGCCACGCUCAACACGUAUAGUAAGGCGUGUGCCUACUACCUCUUCUCGCGCGCGCAAUUUGCCCUGUCGUUUGUGCAUUUCGAGCGGGCGGACGUGCAUCUCCCCUUGUUGUUAUCCUUCUGGGAGAGGUACCUCUCGAGCGGGGGGGGGGCAGAAAAUGCAGAAAACGCAGAAGGCGCAGAAGGCGCGGAAAAUACAGAAGGCGGGAACCACAUGGGGGACACCCCCCCCCAGAGGGAGCCACACGAAGUGAUUAGCAAACCGUUCAGCGCCUGUUUGCCGCCCCUAUGCAGUGUGGAGGAGCUAAUCGACAGGCACUUAUCCGCAGAGGGGAGUAACGCACAGGGGAGUAGCACACAUGGGGGGGAUGACUCCGCUGAUCUUAUUAUGGGAGAUACCCCCGCGCAACAGGAAGAAGAAAAAAAAAAAAAAAAAAAAAAACUCCUUAAAAUUGCGAACAACUGUUUGAUAAAAUAUUUGGUGAAGAAAAGAAACGAGUUUGUUCUGCAGGAGGGGGGAAUGAUGGGCAUGUAUGAGGAGGAGCCCUCCGCCGCGGAGGUGGACGCACAGCCGGAAGGGACCAACUCGGAGAUGCAGUCAAACGGGGAAACGACCCACAUUGGGAGCAGGAACAACCUACUCAGCUGCGUAGACAACUUACUAAUCAAACUGAUGGUCAUCAACGAAUGGCCUGGAUUUUCCCAUUUCCUCAUGAACACCCCCAAUUUGCGUCUGCAAAUGAGUGAGUGCAUCCGCUUUUUAAAGAAACACUCGAAAUUCGUAGAGACGGCGUUGAUGUACAUACGGCUGAAGCGCUUUGAAGAGGCCAUCCAAAUGUGCUCCACCUUUCUAAGCGUAUACAAUGGGUGGCUCCGCGGGGAGGAAGUCCAACCAACGGAUGACCCCUCUGGAAGCGACGCACACACAGCGCAGCCGGAUCAACCCUGGAGGCACUUCUUCCUGAAGCAGAAAUUUUCAAAAAAUGUGGAAAAAGGAACCGGCCUACACUCUCUGUUUAACGAAAUGUAUAACAUACUGCUUGUGCUGAAUGACAGCCUACACAUGAUGGACAUUAACAAAAGUCAAAUAAAAAAAUUGUUUGAAAAUGCAUUCCCCUUUCUCAUAAAAUUUAACGAAAGCGCAUUUUUUAAUAUGAUCAUAUCGAGACAUUUUCUUUUAAAACCAGAAGAAAUUUUGCACAUGUUCCAAACGAUGGAAAGGGACAAGGUACACAUAAAGGGAAAAGAGUACAUGCAGAAAUAUAUCCUUCAUUUUUUAAAACACGAGAAAAUGAAUAAAGAGGUCAACACUAGUUUGGUUGAAUUUUACCUGAACAAUGUGGAAAUGCCUGAACAAGUCAGGCAGAAAAAGAUUUUGCGCUUUUUGCGGUCGAGCUACCCCUUGGACGUCGCCCGCCUCGCCCGGAUGGUGCCGCGCGGGCGCUUCCCGCUGGUGCAGGCGCUGCUCUUCGGCCGGAUGGACCGCCACUAG